AUGGCCUCGCCUGCCGAUGCCGUCGCUGUCCCACAGCUCAACGGCCUUGCAGACCCCUCGCCCCAUUCGCAACCCCAAUCCGACCAAGACCACUCCCAACCCGCUGAUCCAUCUGCGAAGCGGAAGCGCGAGGCCACCGACGAUGGCUCUGCCGAGCCAAGCAUCAACGGCAACGGCAACGGCAACAGCAGCACCGACGACCACGACCACGACCACGACCGCGCCGACCACGCCAGCGACCCCGGAGAUGACGACGCCGAAGAAGCCAAGCCCAUUGUCAACGGCGACCAACCCCUACGCGAUGAAAGCUCCCUGGUUCGCGAUUAUUUUAAUGUCCUACAGAGGCACGACACAACGCCCUCCAUCCUGAAGCGACCACUGCCAGAACCCUCCACCACUGAAGAGCCCCAGGCCAAACGACAAAAAUCCGACGAUGACUCCAAGGCGCUCUGCAUCGAGGACAAAGUCAGCCAUGACUCCUACACGCUUCUCGACCAGCUUGUUCUGGACCUCAAGCAGGUCAUCCAGGACAGAAUAGCCGAGAUACGAGCCGCCCAGUCCGCCGACGCAGCCAACCUCGACGAGGACGCCCUGACACAGUUGACCAACUUUCGAGACACGGCCCUGGCUUUGCACAGUCGAGAGAUGUCAUAUCCUGAGGCUGCUCCGCCGGCUGCAAGAGACGGCCCUUCGGCCCUCGACGAUGUUGCACAGGGUCUGUCGAAUGGCGGCUCUGUUCUGACCCUAUUUGGAAACGCGCAACAGUCCAGGACCCUGUUUUCUAGUUUGCCCAAGAGGACGUCCGAUCCAGACCACCCUGAAGGCAUCGUCAAGCCCUUGCCCGACGUCCGACUGCCCAACGGUGUUUCCUUGACCACUGUCCUCCCGUCAGCGCCGACCGAGAAGCCGACCCGUAUCUCUACUCUGGGCGAGCUGUUCCCAUCACCGGCUAACUUGCCGCCGUUGCAACCGCCAAAGGCCCCAAAGACCACGACGAAAAGCAAGAUCUUGGGCUUCUAUCACCCGGAACUGGCAGAACGGUCGAGGUACAGGCAGGGCUCCUACUUCUCAGCGGACCUGACAACCGGCGUCUGGCUGGACUACAGCAAUGCGACACCGCCAUCAAAGAACAAGUCGCGUCAGCGUGAGCGUACCUUGAGCCUGGCGGGCCAGAAGCCCUCAACGGCUGAUGUCGAGAUGACCGAGAUUGAGGCCCUGUUCCGUGGGGCUUUCUCCAGCUUUGCGCCCGAGAAGGAUGACAGCGGCGCCAUAGUCUCGUCAGGUGAGGUCGCCCGCAUCUGGUACCAGCGGCAUGGACACAGGUACAUGGAGCAGAUGAUCGAGUCUGAGUUGGCAGGAGAGGAGGGCGAUGAUGCAAACGACGGCCUCGCUCCUCUGCCGAUCGAUGAGGACGAAAUCGCCAAUAUCGUGGAGAAAUGGGACGACAGCCUGGUCGACCCAGCCUUGACAAUCGAUGAUGUAUUGGGCAAGAAAUCGGACGAGGAGAAAGAAGUCGACGAUACCCUCCAAGAAAUCUCGGACCUUAUCGAGACACUGUCUUCUUACCAGAGGAACCGCAACAUGACACUGCCGACCAGCCAGAACCGGAACUCGGCAGACCCUGCCAAGGCUGACAUGCUCAACGGGCCUCUGGCUCAGGAGCCAACAGAUGAGGAACGAGAUACCUAUCAGAUGUUGAAGGACCAGCUGGCUGUUAUUAUCCAGGCGCUGCCGCCCUACGCCGUGGCGCGAUUGAACUCGGACAAGCUCGAGGAGCUGAAUGUCAGCACGAAGCUCGAAAUCCGAAGUGAUGUCUUCAGGGGCAUCCUGGAGGAGGACACAUCGGCCAGGCACCGACACCACCAACAAGCUGCGCAGGUGGCUCAAACCCCUCGGCAGCCGCAACGAACGCCGAGCUUCCACAGCACCACGGCGUACCAAGGCCAACCUUACAAUCGCCCAUACCAGCCGCAAAACCAGACCCCGGUCCCGAUACCCAACCAUUACCAGCAGUCGCCGGCGCGGCCGCCGAUUCCUCCAAACUUCUCGCGGCAGGUGUCAGCUCCCAUGCAAGGCAUGACGCCCCAACAGCACCGACCGGUCGCGGGACAACCUUUCGCACGACCUAAUGGAUACACUCCACAGCCAAUGCAGCAGGGGAGGCCGUACGGCACCCCGACGGCCGUCCCGCCGUUCCAGGCCAGUCCUGGGCAGCCACGGAUGGCGGGCGGCUACCCGGGAGGGCCCCAGCCCGGUACCCCUGGACAGAGGUAUCCCUCAGGCUAUGCGGGCUAUAACGCGCAACAGCCGCAGCCAGGAAUGCAGCCUCAAUUCCAUCAGCAGGCGGCCAAUUUCCCUCCUCACAUGAACGGCGCAGGCUCAAUUCCGCCGCGGACCAUGUCACCACAGGUGUCUCAGUAUCAAGCUGGGCAGAAUUACUCGCCCCGCCCCGGACAGCAGCCGAUGCCUCGAGGACAACCUUACGGUACUCCAGGCCAACCAGGUGGUCACCCAGGUGUUCCUCGCUACCCUUCCAAUGGAGCGCAACAGAACGCGCCUCACAGCCCCGCAACCGCUGGUGGUCAAGGCGGAUGGGCGAACCCAAUGUCCCCACAGCGGCAAUACGAACAACAGCUGCAGGCUAGAAACCAGGCGGCGGCGCGCAUGAACGCGUUUAGUGACAAGAUCCAGAAUCAUGGUGUGGCGGGUCUGGGUGGUAUUGGCCUGGGAGGCACGCCAGGCCAUGUGAGGACCAACAUGCCUGGAGCGGUGGGCCAAUCGUCCCCGAGUCCUCGGCCCCCCUCUGCUGCAGGAGGCUUGAACGGUGUGCCGCAGCCAUCGCCAAGCCCGGCCUCAGUGCCAGGUGCGACCCCAUCCCCAGCACCGGCAACGGCCAUGCAGCCCCGGGCGCCGGUGUAG